AUGUAGAGGUCAUCCUGGGUCAACCAUCCCAUCAUGCUCGGAAAAAUGGCGGCGCCCAUAAACAAAAAAAGUAUUUUUCUGUUUUCAAACCUUAAAACGGUCGUUUGUUAGCAUAGUCUGCUGCUAUGGCGAAUGUACAAGUAUCGCAGUCCAGUCUGCCGCCAGUCUCCAUCGAGCAGGCUUUUCUGGAGACGUACUUCCACGCUCUGAGUCAAUUCGCGUAUGACAAGGCCAAGGAGUUCGCGGAGAAGGACCGUGACUCCAGGAAGACGAACUAUGGCUCCACCUGGACAUCCCUGCUGAACUCCCUGUCUCACCUGGCCAUGGCGGAGAAGAUGUACGCCUCCCUGGGGUACCUGGGACAGAAGAAGUGGUUCAGCGGGAGAGAGUCUCUCAGGUCCACUUAUUCAUCGUUACUGACCGAGCUGCGUAAGAUCGAGGACACGGGUCGGCAGGCGGUGGGCGGUACCGCGCCAUCCCUGGAGAAACUCCUGGCUCACCUGUGUGGACAACUCUCAUCCUUUGUUGCAGCCAGGCUGGAAACAAUGGACUUCUAUGAAACUUUGUGUUCCAUGGGAUCCAGUCGAGUCAUUGGUUACUCAGAUGUAGCUGUUAACUUGGCUGCCAUCAUACAGAGACACAGUAAGAGUUUCCACCACCCGAUCCUGACUCCCCUGAAGACCAGUUUUAGCGAUGAGUUGUCGAUCCUGUACCACCUGAUCCAGGCGCAGGCUGACAUGUCCAUCUGGUGUUUCCUCCCGGCUCUCCUGCACCUGCACGAGGCUCACUCCAAACUCAACUCAUGGGGGGCCAUCGUGCAGAUGGCAAAAGAACAGAGUCAGAAGAAAGGGUUUGAGCUGUUCGGCAGCGCCUCCACCAAGGUACCACAGGUCCCCCCUCUACACCAGUGGCUGCUCAGUUUCAAGGCUGCCCUCGUUUCCAAGUUCUCCUUGUAUUUCAACGAGACUCUGAGUAAACAGUCCAGCCCACCAGAGAUGAAAACCCUCCUGGCCAAGACAUCAUGUGACUACAUGGCUAAGUUUGCCACCUUUCUGCGGAAAUCAGAUGCGACAAACCUGUCCAUCGUGCUGGACACGCGCGGACUGGAGGAGACGUACCGGGGCCAUGGGUACCACCACCCUGCCGCCAAAACAGAACCACCCAAGGGCCUGGACAGUUACCCUGCCAUUGUGUCUGUUCCAGGGGAGAGACCUCAGCAUCACUGGCCUAACCUCAUCAUGAUCAUGAACAACAAUGCUGCAGACAUGAACACCAUGGAGAGGAUAGUCUACUUCUACGAUAAGACCUUCCAGAGUACCUACUACAUGAUGAGAAUAGAGCCCAAGAUGACUCUGGUGGUGAUAUUUGAGACCAAGAGAGCAGAAAAGGACUCUUAUGUCAAUACAUUCCUUACAGAAAUUGGAUCCCAGCUCAAAAACAACAAGCUGCUACUUAAUCUAAAACCUGGAUCGAAGUGAAAUGCUGUACCUUCUGUAAUCUAGUGUAAAUACAAUACACAGAGUGGCAAAAAGAGGGUGCCCAACUUCAAAGAGAUAUUACCAACUCAUAAAUAGCCACACUAUUGUAGCAACUUCCUGUAUUUAUUUGCUUUGCCUCCUUCUAUUGGAAUCAAUAAAAGUCAAAAAGCAAUAUUUGAAGUCUUCUUUAUUAGUGUACUUCAAGAAUAGAUUGCUUUGACUUUGGUUAAUCAUUGUAUGAGAUUUUAUGACUUGUAUCAUACUGUACAAAGUUUUACUAGGGUUAGCAUCAUCCUGUUUGGAUAGAUCAAAAGAAUUUUGUCAUUUGUUGCUAUACAUCUCACUUUUAUUUAUGUACCAAUGGUAUUUCUGUCUAAUUCUGUUGACUUCUGUAAACAUAAAAAGACCACUUGAACCUGUCUGGUGCAGUGACUGGAGCAUAUACAAACACCAAAGAAGGUUACCUAUAAAGCCAACACAGCUUCAACCCAGUCAGGCCAGGGACAUACCAACUGACUGGCCCACAGCUAAAUUAGUCUGGUAUUUAGGAUAUGUAAACACCUGACUUUUAUAUAGCAUAGCCUCCAGCUCUGCUAUGUUCAUGCCAGAAAGGACUUCCAUAAUGAUGAGAUGUUGUAAAGUUUUGUGUUUUUUACAUUUUAAUUGUGAUAAAAGGUGUUCCUGGUUGUAUUUUUUAAGUGGAGCUCCAAUUUUGAUGUAAGAAACAUUAUCAUGCUUUUGUAACCCAUAUGGUGUAGUGGUUAGGAUUUGGCGCUCUCACUGCCAAGGCCCGGGUUCGAUUCCCGCUGUGGGAACCAAUGUAAGUAUUCAGAGGGGGGCGAGUAAGAACAGAAGCAGAAACAAACAUGUCGACACUGGGGAUCGAACCCGGGUCGGCGGAUUACAAAUCCAACGUGCAAACCACAACACCAAAAGCUCUAGAGCCGUUGGCGCGGUCAGUUUGGCAGUGCUUAAACCCCACUGUUACACUUUUUAUACUAGUAUACCCUUGCAGAUAUUAAAAUGACAAAGGGAUAUAAGUUGGA